GGGCAGAGAAAUGAUCAUUCAGCAAAGUCCUUUGGCUGCUUUUGUAGUAAUCCCUUCUGUGCUUUAGUUACAGCAACGUAUUUGCAGGGGAGAAUCCAGGAGACUACACCCAGAGUCCCAGAGACCUUGAAGAAGAUAAGAGCAACUGCAGAAGACGAUAAAUGAUGCUGUUGCUCUAUAAUCUCGUGGGGACAAAGGAACGUUGACUUACUGCUCAGAAGGAAACUUUAGAUGAGGUCUCUUGCCUGCCACUGUUGUGCCUUGACACCCUGGGUAAUUUUAUCACAAAUCCAAGGGUCAGCCAAGCCACGUGUGUCAAAAGAAGACAGACAUGGUCCUGGAGCAAGACGAACAUAACCCAAAUGCUACCGUCAGUCUCAACUUUGCUGCAAUCUACAAUCUCCAUGAUGGAGAUUUAACCUCCGUGCGAAAUUUGUCCUUCCCUUUCAAUUUCAGUUACAGUGAUUAUGACCUGCCGCUGGACAGCGAAGAUGACAUGACCAAAACGCGCACCUUCUUUGCAGCCAAGAUUGUGAUCGGGGUGGCUCUCGUUGGCAUCAUGUUGGUCUGUGGCAUCGGCAACUUCAUCUUCAUCGCUGCCCUUGCCCGCUACAAGAAGCUGCGAAACCUCACCAACCUGCUGAUUGCCAACCUGGCAAUCUCAGACUUCAUUGUUGCCAUCGUGUGCUGCCCCUUUGAGAUGGACUACUAUGUGGUACGGCAGCUGUCUUGGGAGCACGGCCAUGUCCUCUGUGCCUCGGUCAACUACCUACGGACUGUCUCUCUCUAUGUUUCUACCAACGCUCUCCUGGCUAUCGCUGUUGACAGGUACCUGGCCAUUGUUCACCCACUGAAACCACGCAUGAAUUACCAAACAGCAACCAUCCUGAUCGCCUUGGUCUGGAUUGUCUCCAUACUCGUAGCUAUCCCAUCCGCAUACUUUGCUACUGAAACUGUAUUAUUUAUAGUAAAAAAUCAGGAGAAAAUUUUCUGUGGUCAAAUUUGGCCAGUUGACCAACAGAUGUACUACAAAUCCUACUUCCUAUUCAUCUUUGGCAUUGAAUUUGUUGCACCUGUGAUUACCAUGACCUUAUGUUAUGCCAGAAUCUCUCGAGAGCUUUGGUUUAAAACCGUACCAGGAUUUCAGACAGAACAAAUCAGGAAGAGGCUUCGAUGCAGAAGAAAAACUGUAAUGGUACUGAUGUGCAUCUUGACCGCCUAUGUUCUCUGCUGGGCACCCUUCUAUGGCUUCACCAUUGUCCGUGACUUUUUCCCCACAAUCUUUGUGAAAGAGAAGCAUUAUCUUACUGCUUUUUACAUAGUUGAAUGCAUUGCUAUGAGUAACAGCAUGAUAAACACAAUGUGUUUUGUAACUGUAAAAAAUAACACCAUGAAGUAUUUCAAGAAGAUCAUGUUGCUCAGAUGGAGAUCAACAUACCACGGAAGUAAAUCUAGUACAGACUUAGAUCUCAGAACAAGUGCAAUGCCAGUCACAGAGGAGGUAGACUGCAUAAAACUGAAUGGGACACUUUGGGAAGAAGAGCAAGUUGGUGGGAAAAAGUCCACCCUGCUGAACCAUACCUAAACAGCUUAUCCAGUCUGGGUACGCCUUCCAAAUAAAAUACAAGUAAGGCCAAAAUUACAAGGAUUUUUGAGGUGAUGUGUCCUGCAAGCAAUGGAGACAGACUUUGGUUUAAUCAAGCUGAUCAUUGUUUCAGCUGAGCAGCUCAUUGUCUGGCCAAACAUGAAGCAACAACUCAACACAAAUUCUGCAUUGCCUCCUGCAAUGCCCUUUUUACUAUUCUCAUUUUGUGCAACUCCACAAAGAGUGUUUCUUAACAGGAAAUUGUGAUAAAACAGGUGACAAUAGGAGUAAGGCACAUAAUUUAACUACACAUAAAAUGCCAUGGACUAUCGUGUAUUGAAAUCAAGUCUUUUCUAUUGUGACAACAAAUGCUUCCUGUUUUAAAGUAUGUGGUGGCAUCUACUUUUGGAGUAAACGGCUUUUGUAAAUAAUUUGUUUACUUGUGAAUAUUAAGUGAGCAGCAAA